AUGGGCAAACAGAGACUUCGAUCGGCAGAGUCGAGGUCCAACCGACAACUACGAGGCUCGGCGCUGCGGCGACACGCAGCGGGCGAGCAGCCAUCCACAGAGGAGCAGAGGGCCUUGAACCUGAAGCGCCUCGAGAAGGAGACCGACGACGACCUCGACGAGCUCCACAGUGGCGAGUUCCGCGGGAAGGAUGCAGACUGGCCGAGGUGGUCUCCGACCGUGCGAGCCCACCUCGGAGCAGUUUCCGGCCGGAUGCUGGAGCUCAUCCAGAAGGCGGAGAGCUUCGACGAGGGCCUCGACAGGGUGGACCUGGACCCGGGCGACGACCAGCUGGACGCACAGCUGUACGUCAUCCUGACGAUGCCGGAGUUCGAGCCGAAGUUCGCGUCUCGCAAGAUGGCCCUGCAGCAGGCGUACCUCAGCUUCACGUUCAACAAGGACGAGGACCCGCGGAAGGGCAUCGACAGGCUCGAGACGCAGAUCCGCCAAUACCAGGCCGACACCAAGAAGACCGUCGACGACGACACCCGGACCGGAGUGCUGUUGAAGGCGCUGGCCGGCGGCAGCGAGUUGCAGAAGAAGUUGGGCGACCACCUCGUUCUCAACGCGUACCGCGUGGACACCUUCAUCGAGAUGAAGAGGGAGAUCCAGGAGUACCUCGGAGUCAAGCAGUGGCUCGUCCCUGGCGGUUCGGCGGAAGUCCUGGCCGUGGGAGCCGGCGAUAAAACUAGCCAGAAGAACCAGGUAAAGGGCGAGCUCAAGAUCAAGUUCGCCGGAGAUUGCUACUGCUGUGGCAAGCCUGGCCAUAAGAAAGUAGACUGCUGGUUGGACAUCGCUGCGAUCGAGGAGCAGAUGCGGGCGCUCAGCCUGAGCAUCGGCGCGCUGAAGGACCAGGACUGUGGGAGCGUGGAGCUGUGCCGGGUCUCCGAGACGCAGGAGGUCGGCAUGGUCCACGCCCAGACGGCGACGAACCGCGUAACGAUGGGCCUCGACAGCGGCGCGGAGGUCACGGUGUGGCCCCCAGAGCUCUUCCCGCAGGUGGCCACGGAGCCUCUGCUGGCGAUGUGCUCGAUGAUGGACGGCGGCCACGACCUGCAUUUCAAGUGCGGCGGCCGGUGCUACGCCAAGCACUGCAAGACCGGGAAGGAGAUCGAGAUCACACGCGGCGUGCCGGCGAUGAUGGCACCGAACCUCCCGACGCCGGAGGAGAGAGCGAGGCAUGAGAUCGAUCACAUGCCCUACGCUGCUUGGUGCCGUAGCUGCGUGGCUGGCAAGGGUAAGGCGGACCCACACUUCCUGAAGACCUCCGACGACUUGGGUGUCCAGGGAGUGGCUUGUGACUACUGCUUCAUGGGUGACGCCGUCGAGAGCGACAAGGCUACCGACAAGUGCUUGCCCAUCCUUGUCCACAAUUUCUACGGCGAUCGCUGGGUAUCGGCACGCGUGGUUCCACGCAAGGGUCCAGAGACGUACGCUGUGAAGGCCACGGUGGACGACGUGAUGCAGUCGCUCAAGCAGGAGGUGGUGAAGAAGUUACGGAAGGUUGCUGGCCCUGUGGACGUCAUCUUGGAAGAGAGCAGCACGUCCGAGUCGCAGCAGAAUGCUGUUGUCGAGCGUGCUAUCUGGGAGGUCCAGAGCACGGCUCGCACCCUAGUGCACGCGUGCUUGGAACAUCAUCGCGUCCAGGUGCCCCUUAAGCACCCUCUGAGGAUCUAUGCCGUGGAGUACGCAGGGCAACUACUGAACAGGUCCCAGCCUGCCGCCAAGGACAGCAGGACCGCCUGCGAGAUACGCAAAGGCAAGACCUAUCGCCGGAAGCUGCCUCCAUUCGGGGAAGCCGUGAUGUACAUGCCAAUGUCGACGGCACGGCGGCGACGGAAGUUCGAGGACAGGUGGGAGACCGGCAUCUACUUGGGGCUGGUGGAGCGCAGCAACAUGUUGCUCGUCGGCACGCCCCGCGGCGUCUUCAAGGUGAACUGCGUGAAGCGGUUGCCGGAGAUCCAGUCCAGCGAUCCGGAGCUCUUGAAAUCCAUCGUCGGGGUCCCCUGGGACCCAGUACCUGGAGAACCAGGUCCGAGGUUCGACAUCGAGUCGAAGAAGCCCAUCGUCGACGAGGUGAGGCAGGAGCACCACCAGACAGACGACCAGGGGGAGCACAGGUUCUACGACCAGGCGAAGUCGCAGGAGAGGCGCCGACGGAGGCGGGUAGCCCCGCGCCGUCGGACCAGCCAGGGAGCGCGCCGGAAGCGGGUAGCCCCGCGCUGGCUGACGCUCGGAGACAGCCGGGGAGCGCCCCGGAAGCGGGUAGCCCCGCGCCGGCGGACGCUCGGAGCCAGCCGGAUUCGCCAGAAGCGGGUAGCACCGUGCCGGCUAGCAGUCCAGGCCAGGCUCAGGCACCCCCUCGAGCAGAAGCGGGUAGCACCGCACUGCGGAGAGGUCGCGGAGGUUGUGGGCGAGCUGAUGCACCUGGGAGCGGCUAUCGGGCCGCGGCUGCAGGAGGCGAUCCAGCAGCCUAGCAAGGACGACGUCGACGUUAUCGAGUCGGAAAAGUUCUGCAGGAAGCGGUUCACUGACCAGGCGUCCUGGUGGGGAGUGCACCCCGGGGUCGCACUAGAUCUGACUACGGGUUGGGAUCUUGAUGACCAGACGCACGUGGAGCAGCAUGUGAAGGCCGGAAGGGCCGCAGGAUGGUUGACCAACUCUGGAUGUAUAGCCGAGGAGCUCACGAAGCUCCAGGGCAACGACAACGAAAAUGCCACCAGAAGCGCGGGGGCCGUGAGUCCCGCCGCGGAGAAUAGGCCGGCCAUAGUGGCGGCAGUGUUGCGGGGUCUGCGCAGGCAGCUGCAGCAGGACGGCGCGGUCAGCAUCAACGCCCUGGAGCCGGGCCUGACCGGCCACGACACCCAGGAAUGGGACGAAGACGGGCUCGAGCAGUUCUUCGACGAGCUGACGGGCGAACGGCUGAGGCCGAAGGACGUCAGGGAGGUCAAAGUCAAGGAAAUUGAGUUUCUUCGUACUUUCCCCGUCUAUGAGGAGGUGCCGGAGGCGAUGGCCAAGGGCAAAAGGUUCAUCUCGACACGGUGGACCAUAACCAACAAAGGGGAUGUGAACGCACCAGACGUUCGAGCUAGAUUCGUCGGGCGCGAGUUCAAGUGGAAGUCGCCGGCGAUGGAGAACACUUUUGCCGCGACUCCACCACUGGAGCAGUUGAAGUACCUGUUGUCCCGGUUCCAGUCGCGCAGGAGGGGUCCAGCCAGGAGCCCCGGAGAGCGAAAGAUCCUAGUCUUGGACGUCUCUCGAGCGCAUUUUCAUCCAAAGUGCCGCCGGGAGCUGUACAUCCGGCUGCCAGAAGAGGACGCUCAGGCAGGCUUCGCCGGCAGAUUGAUGCGCACCCUGUACGGGACACGGGAUGCAGCAAAAGCCUGGGACGAAUUCUUCAACGAAGCGAUCGUCAGGCGCGAGUACGAGGUGGGGCUGUCAUCACCUUGUCUGUACUAUUGCGCUGCCGAGGACAGUGCUGGGUGGCGCCACGGAGACGAUUUAGUUUUCGAGGGGCCUGAUGAGUGGUUAGACUGGCUCGGAGAGUGCCUCCGGAGCGUGAUGAUCCUGAAGAGACGUGCGAAGCUUGGCUGGGACACAGCAGACGACAAGCACGUGACCAUCCUGAACGGGUUGGUGGACUCGAACGAUGCGUCUCGGGACCGGCCCAGCAGGAUCGACGCGUACGCAGACGGCGACCGGGCUCAGGACCCUGAUCGAAAGAGCGCGUCUUGUGUAGUCACCAUGCACGGCGCGCAGUGUCUGCGAGUGCAGGUGGCGACCCAGACGGCCCCUGCAUUGAGCUCUGGCGAGGCGGAGUUUGUGGCCCAGGUCAAGGGCGGCUCCACCGCCAUCGGCAUGAGAUCGAUGAUCCGAGACAUGGGGGGACAGGUGUCCAUAGACUUGCACACCGACAGCACGGCAGGCAAGGGCAUCGCGUCAAGAGUGGGCUUGGGCAAGGUCCGUCAUCUUGACACGGGCUUGCUCUGGCUACAACACCACGUCAAUCGCAGAGACCUCCGGAUCAAGAAGGUGCACUAG